CAAACACACGCACGCGAGCGAAAGGGAUGAAAAAAAUCUCCAGCAAAAUCAUGACUUGUUCCAACACUAACUUAAGGCUGAUCUGUUCAGAAGGAUUACAGAAACCCCUUUUCGUGUUCACACCUACAGGCGUGACUCCUGAUCCCACUUCCUCCUCCGCACAGUCGUCAUCUUUACGUCGGAGGGCACACUUCUCCACAAACUUUUACAAACUUCAGCAGUGUUUGUGACUGUAGGAUCAGUGGAUAUUGUCAGUAUUAUGGCAGAGAAAGGACCACUCCUAACUUCAGUCAUCAUUUUCUACUUGUCCAUCGGAGCCGCGAUAUUUCAGAUCCUCGAGGAGCCGCAUUGGAAAUCAGCCCUGGACGAUUAUAAAAACCAAACGGACAAUAUAUUAAAGAAAUAUCCUUGUUUAAAUGAGGAGGAUUUAAAGAAAGUCAUAGAGGUUGUGGCUGAGGCGGCUGGAAGAGGUGUGGCCAUCACAGGAAAUAAAGAAUUCAACAAUUGGAAAUGGGAGAAUGCUAUUAUUUUCGCAGCCACGGUUAUCACUACCAUAGGUUACGGUAAUGUCGCUCCAAAGACAGGCGGUGGCCGUGUGUUCUGUAUCCUGUACGGGCUUUGUGGUAUUCCACUGUGCCUCACAUGGAUAAGUGAGCUGGGCACAUUCUUUGGUGGCAGAACAAAGCGCCUGAGUCAGGUGCUCCUCCAUAAAGGUCUCACUGUGAAAAAAGUUCAGUUCAUCUGUACUGCUGUAUUCCUUUUAUGGGGAUUUCUGGUUCACCUCAUCAUCCCAUCCUUUGUGUUCAUGGCCUUUGAGAAGUGGACAUACCUAGAAGGCCUCUACUUCUCCUUUACCACCAUGACAACUGUUGGUUUUGGAGACUAUGUAACAGGUGUGAACCCGGAAAUAGACUACCCAUCACUCUACAGAUUCUUUGUGCAGCUGUGGAUCUGCCUGGGUCUGGCCUGGUUGUCUCUGUUCUUCAGCUGGAAUGUGCAUAUGGUGGUCAAAGCCCAUAAAGUCCUGAAGAAAAGGAGGCUGAGACGUCACAAGCUUCCUAUCGAUGACAUACCGAUAACAAAAGAAAUUAAAAAAGCCCCAAAGCCACCACCUCUCACUGGCGUCAUCGACAUCUUUCAGUUCAUGUCUGAGAAGGUUGAGGACUACAGCGACGUCAUCCGAGCCAUUGGAGCGGAUGAGAGACGCAAGAAGAAGAAGCAGGAGGAGGAACUGGCACGGUCUAAGAGCUGCAGUGAUCUUCUGCACGGCCUAGUGAUCCCACUUGAACAUUCUCCUCAUCUGAAACGGCGAUUCAGCAUCAGCACCAACAUGUGCAUGGUCAUAUCUGGAGAAUCAACAGAAAGUCUCAAAAACAGCCAAGAGGGACAGGCGCUACUAAAGGAGCACCACAGAGAUCCUCAGGAACCCAAGCAUGUUGUGAAAUCUGGGCGCUGUGCAUGGGACUCGGGAAGAUCCUAUCCAUCACUAUUCCAGAGCCCUGUCCAAAGCCCUACUGUUACCAUCAAUAAAAGUGAAUCGAGGUUUUCAUUUUCCAAAGUAUCAGAAGACAAAUUUUUAGGAAAGAGAAAAAGCACUGGUUGAAGAUGACAUUUAUCUACACAGUCUAAAAUGACCCUAUCCAAGUUAUUCUGCUCUGCUUUAAAUUAUUCAUUUGGUAAUGGUGAAGAUUACUAUGGCUGAGCUGAAUAGCGGAAGAGGAUAAAGCUGAUGCCAUCAGUAGCACUUAAGGAACUAAGAAGACUGUAACUCUUAAAAGGAAGACAUGCUGACAAGUAUAUGCUUUUCCUAAUGAAGUUGCCAAAUAUGGCUGCAGUUUCAUGACACUCAAGUGAUUAUUUCUGUUUACAGUAUUAAAAAAGAUUCAGGUAACACACAGGGUAUUACAACCAGUCUGUUACUAAGAUAAGGAUGUGGGAGGGUUGGCAGAGGAAAUUAAACCGAUUUCCUGGCACAUCUGGACCUUCACAGAUGACAUUGGAAAUUUUAGCUGUGGUUUUUAUAAUAGUUUUUCUUUCUCUGGAUUAAUGUUACCAAAAUGUCUGCUUGAACAAAAUCUGCCAAUGUUAGGAAUGGAAUACUAGCGUACAAGUAUUUGAAACAAAAUGCUGAAUGAAGUGUUUAAACAUUAGUAGGUUACAUUGUUUUCCCAUGACCUCACUACAGUGUAUGUAAAAUGAAGUUGCAUCCAGGUAUCAUCUCUGAUGUAAAUAUGAUUAUAUUGAGUUUUCAAUCUACUGUUGUGUAAAAAUUAAUAAAAAAUGUUGUGUUGUCUUGAGUCAGAUCAAAUAAGGGCAGUGUAAAACAUUAUUCAUUGGUCAUUCAAAUAAUUUAUAUCACUAUCAGUAGAUCUGUCAUACUAGGAAUUGAAGGUCGAGAAGAGUGAAUUGCAUUAGAGAAGUGUGUUUUGGUAUACAAAAGAACUGGUCUAUACAGUGUACUUUGUAUAUAUUUUAUACGGAACGUUUUGUCAAAUGUAGUAAGCCGUCCAGGUAUUCCAGGUCAGGGCCAGCAAUUAACCAGCGUUCCAGGGCAAACAAAUAGUCCAGAUAUUAAAAAUAUGGAUCCUGAGUUCCUGUUUUUUAAUGAACAUUUACACUAAUCCAUUUUUAUUUGAAAACUCCGUUUUCGAUUUUCUAAAUGCUGCAUUUUAAGUGGAGGAGCACGCCAUUUUAGUGGGGAUGAGAGGAGUAGCGUAGCGAAAUUGUUUUGAAACUACAGCGUAUUGCAUGGCUUAAAGGAAUAUUCCAGGUUCAAUACAAGUUAAGCUCAAUUCACAGUAUUUGUGGCAUAAUACUGAUUACCACAAAAAUGUAUUUAAACUUGUCCCUCCUUUUCUUAAAAAACAAUAUGUGUUACAGUGAGGCACCUACAAUGGAAGUGAAUGGGGCCAAUUCGUAAACUUUAAAAUACUCAAUGUUUCGAGAGUACAGCCACAAGACGUAAACAUUAUGUGUGCUAACACGAUUUUAGUGCGAUAAAAUCACUUACUAACCUUUUCUGUGAAAAGUUAUAGCCAAUUUUACUACGUUGCAAUGAAGACGCCACACAAUAAACCCUAGAUGCAGGGGCGUAGAUUCCGGGGGGGAUGGGGGAGCGGUAAUUCCCCCCCCCCCCAAUAAUCAAAACAUGCAAGUACAACCCCCCCCCCUAUUUAUACCAUGAUCAAUGUAAAUAUGGGUAAGUGCUCCACACUGCAACACCCCCAAUGUUCAAGCCAAAUCUACACCCUUGCAUGAUGAUUUAUACAACUUUACAGCUCAAAUAAUACACAAAUUUUAACUGAAUAAUACAUGUAAGUGCUUUUAUAAAAUUCUAAGCUUUGCAGUUCUGCUUUUAGACCCUCUAAAACUGUCCCCCUUUACUUCCAUUGCAAGUGCCUCACUGUAAACUCGAUUUUUGCUUCUUUUUUUUUUUUAUCAAGAGGGAUGAGAUGAAAUAAUUUUGUGUGGCAAUCAACAUUAUGCCACAAAUAUCAAUGUUGAUUCAGCUUAACUUGAUUUGAAUAUGGAAUAUUUCUUAAAAGUUUAUAAAUUUCAUAAGAUUUUAUACUAGACUUAUAAAGUUUGGGGUUUUAAUAAUUUUAAUUGAGGUAUUUGACAUAAAUGGACAAAAUACUGUUAUCUAAAGCCCAAAGUAUACUUCGGUCAGACGCUGACAGUUUUAAGGCUGUUGUUUAGUAGGCUCAACGUGCAUUUGGGAAGCAUUUUAGCAUUCUGAGAAUGCACCUUCUCAGGCUUCUACAAAAUUGCCAACUUGUGGAAGAUUUGAUUAUGGAUGUUGUUAUGAGACGUAAUUUUUCCAUCUGACUGAUGCUUUUGAU